AUGGAUGUCAUGCUGUACUUUGAUUUGUGUGGCUUUGUCCAAGAUGGCUUAGCCAUGAAGCAAACCUUCAAUAUCAAGGGGGCUUCUGGUGACAAGUUUUGCAUGUUGUGCAGCAACAUCAGGGCCAUUUCUUUGGUUUUGCCACCAGGUACACCAGAGGAAGAUAUACCAGGGUCUCAUGUGACCAAGCUUGCAGAUUGCAUCCUGUCCACUGACCAAGAAGUUUUGGAUGCAUUCCAGGUUUGCAAGGACAAGUGCACCACAUUAUCCAAGAAACAUUUUGAAAUGUGGGAGAAAGCAUCUGGCAUCACCUUCAACCACCAUGCCCUUUUGCUCAACCAGACCCUCUUGGAUAGCAAUCUCUUGAAGCCAAUUAGUGGCUACAUCCAUGACUGGAUGCACACCAUGGCUUCCCAAGGAGUGAUCCAAAGGUCCAUUUGGUUGCUGCUUUCCCAGCUGGACAUGAUCAAAUUUUACAAGGAAAAUUCCAAGUUCAAAUGCACAGCAUCAGAAGCCAUUGGCCUCUCCACCCUGCUGGCAUACCUGGUAAACACCAUUUGUGUGCCAGCUGCUGCCCAUUUGGACCAAUGCCACAGCUUUUUGGCCAUGGUGGAAGUCUUGGAGAUGCUGCAAGCCACCCAGCUUGGCCAAGUGCAGCCACCCAGGUUGCAGCAAGCCAUUGAAGAGGCCUUGGACUCCUUCAAGAUUGCAAUGGCGAAGCCAUGA